GGGCGGUGUUCGGGGUCGUUUCAGUCCACCUGACAGUUGAUUUCAGGUCACUCUCGGUGCCCGAAAGUGAGAACCAGAACCAUGGCGGGACGUCUUCUUCUCCGAACCCGCGCAGCGGCAUUGCAGCUGAGGAGCAGUGCGGUGGCUAGACCGCUGCCCCGUGCCAUGGCCACCGGGGAAGGAAUACCAACAGAUGAGGAACAGGCCACUGGACUGGAGCGACGCAUCUUACAGGGCUUCAAAGAGGGAAAGGAUCCCUACAGUAUACUGACGCCCAAAUACUAUAGUGGCACCAAAGAAGAUCCUCAGAUUGUGCCCGUCAUUGGAGAGAAGAGGCUGGUGGGCUGUCUUUGUGAGGAAGACAACACUUCUAUUGUGUGGUUCUGGAUUCAUGAGGGAGGUGCCCAGCGCUGUCCCUCCUGUGGUACCCACUAUAAGAUGGUCCACCAUGAGCUGCCCCAUUGAAACAAAAUUUAAGCUCUGUACAAAUGGAACAACACAGUCAUCCGUAUUUGCCUCCUUCCCUGGCCGUAUACUGCAAUGUGUGCAUAUCAUUUCACAUGUAC